UAAGAAAAAUUCAUUUCAUUUUCGACUUUUCCGGUUCGUUUUCAUUUUUUUUACAAAUUUUAAUUCAAAUUUAAGUUAGAAUUCACAAAAUGAGUGAAAAGAAGGGCAAACGCAGCUCGUCGAAGGACAAGCGACAAAAGAAAUCUAGAAGAAUGGUUGGAGGGUUCACUGUAACAGAUUACAAUAGCGAUGAUGAUAAGAGUUUCCCACUGGCACCAACGUCAUUAAAGAAAAAAACAAAAAAAAGUAAAAGUAAAGGAGGAGGAAGAUCAGUGCCCUUGCCAGGAGAAGGACCGUCAUCUUCGAGUUCGUCUAUGCUGAGUGGACCAUCUGUGGCACCAACGUCAUCUGUUCUUCCACCAGCACGAAUCAAAGUGGAGCCAAGAUCACCACAAGGAGGGCCUUCAUCUCGUUUCCCGUUACCAUAUACCGGCAAAGGCAGUAAAAGUAAAGGAUCGACGUCAUCAUCUGCUCUUCCAUCAACAAAACGAAUCAAAGUGGAGCCAAGAUCACCACAACCUGGGCCUUCAUCUAUGUUCCCUUUACGCAUCAAAGAGGAGCCAAGAUCACCACAAGCUGGGUCUCCAUUUUCAUCAGGGCAACGAAUCAAAGUCGAACGAAGAUCACCGCAAGCAGAAUCAUCUAUGUCAGGGCUGGCAUAUUCCGUUCCUUCUGCAGCCGCAGAAAAAGUAGGCAGAAAAAGAAAAUCAGCAACCGUACUGCCACCUAGAGCGCGUCUACGAGAGCGGCUAAAGACUUACCCCCACUUCACUAUAGCGAAACGCGUAGACGUGCAGCAGCUAGACCUAGGCCGACGACUACUGCUCAAGCUGUUCGACAACUCAAAGAAGAGUUAUUAACGGAUGCCUUUAGAGAAGCUACACAAUCUGUAGCAGCAAGUCGGGCCGGACCAUCUUCAUUAAGAACGACGGUCACAGUAGAGCCACCAUCUUCUUCUGAGUCUUCUGACUGCGUUUAGUAUCAUGGGAUUCACCACCUAAAAAAGGACCAGUGCGGCGACGAUGAAUUUCACUCAGAAAAUUCGAAUUUUCAGGCAAAAAUUGCAGUAGAUCCAAAGUGUUUUUUGCAGCAGAUUGACAAUAAAUUUUAGUCCAUCGCUUAUAACUUC